CGCCGCCGUCUCCCGUCGCCACGUGCCGUGGAGAGAUUCGAGCGCACCUCUGUGACGCGGCCGCGUGUAGGGAACAAGAAAACAGGAAAUAGGAGGAAAAAAAACCUCAAGGGAGCUUCGGCCCACUAAAGUUCCGGUGUUCUUCGUGAAAGAUGAGCCGCAUUUACGACAACAAGUCUUUGAAGAACAAACCGGUGCACAACGAGAAACUGGAGCGCGCGUGGUCCCCUUCCGCGUACGAGAGUGGCCACGGGGUUCUCCUGGAGGGGACGCUGCUGGACGUGUCCAGACACGCCAUCAGUGACCCCAGCGGUCAGAAGGUCCGCUUCUAUGUGCUGUACAUCAAGCCCACACGCAUCCAUCGGAGGAAGUUCGACGGCGGCGGGAAGGAGAUCGAGCCCAACUUCAGCGACACCGUGAAGGUCAACACGGGCUUCCUCAUGUCCUCCUACAAGGUGGAGGCCAAAGGCGAGUCCGACCGCCUGUCCGAGGAGCAGCUGUCGCUCGUCGUGAACAAGGCCGAGCUGCUGAAGAUCACCGACAAGCACCGACCCAGCGGCACCUGGGCCUUCUGGUACCCGGAGUCCCACAUGGACCGGACGGAGCUGGAGGCGGGGCAGGAAGUGCGGCUGAAGACCAGAGGGAAUGGUCCUUUCAUAUUCUCCUUGGCCACGGUGGACGGCGGCGCGGCGACCACGUGCAACUUUGCCGGAGACGAACGCGCCGGCGCUUCGUGGACCGACAAGGUUCUGGCCCACAAAGCCGAGGCGGGCGGCGCGCCGAGGCCCGGCGGGGACGGCGAGGGAGCCGGGGAAGACGAAUGGGGUGACUGAGGGAAGCGUCUCGUCCUUCGCCUCGGAUUCCGGCGGCCUGGCUGGACUCUCCCCGGCUCCUCGCCGCCGUUGGGGCUUCGUCCUCGUGCACUUUGGAUUCGCUUGCUGGUUUCUUUUUCUUCUCUUGCCCGUCUCUCUCGUGUGCGAGUCCGAUCCAGCGGGCGUACGAGGGGAUUCUGUGCUGAGCGCCGGAUGGUUCCUUCUGUCCGUUCCGGAUCUAUUUAAAGUGCAUCUCUUAGCAGCCGUUCACUCCUACAGGCUCAUAUGAUCUCUGCUGUUUCCAGACAAUAAGUAGGAUUUUAAAAAGGCGUUGACACGUUUCCACAGCCCCAAAUGUAUUCUAGGUCUUCUAUCAACCGUUAUUGUUAUGAUCAUCUAGUUAUUAUAGAUAUAGAUCAGUUAAUACCGGCUGCAUUAUGUUUGUACUCAAUUAAAGGACUUCUAUUGAAUCAAA